AGGAAAAAAACAGAACAUAAACGGUAGCUCAGUUAUGUGACCCAACAGUAGAGAGAGUUCAGGAUCUUGAAGAAAACACACACACACACACACAGAGUGAAGCAGAAGAAUGGAUUCAUCUUCAUUAACAUGUAAAAAGCUAACAGUAAUUACAGUAUUAGCUGUUUUAAUCCAAGUAAUUGGCCUUGCUGUUUUUGUUCUUGGUUUCUUCCCUGUAAAGCCAGCACUCUCUGGAUUCAGUGGGGUAGAGAGUUUUUAUCAACCUGGAGCAGAUUCAGCUAAGUUUCAGAAUACCACCAAUUUAUCAGAAAGUCAGCUCAAAUAUUUGUACCAGGAAUUGUCUUUGGUGCCUCCUUUAUUUGACCGCUUGAUACUCAUGGUCAUUGAUGGUCUUCCAGCCGAAUUCGUUCUUGGGAAAGAUGGUCAACCUCCGCAGAAAGCUUUCAAGGAAGCUAUGCCAUAUACUCAAUCAUUAUUGAGUAAGGGAAGGGCGAUUGGUUAUCAUGCGAAGGCUGCACCUCCCACUGUCACAAUGCCUCGCUUGAAGGCCAUGGUUUCUGGUGCUGUUGGGGGAUUUCUGGAUGUUGCUUUCAAUUUCAACACGCAAGCUCUGUUGGAUGACAACAUAAUUGUGCAAUUUCUAAAAGUUGGUUGGAAAAUCGUGAUGCAUGGUGAUGACACAUGGCUUAAAUUGUUUCCUGGAAUGUUUUCGAGGCAUGAUGGCGUUAGCAGUUUCUUUGUUAAAGACACUGUCCAAGUAGAUCAAAAUGUAUCUCGACACUUGGUUGAUGAACUUGGUCGCACUGACUGGAGUCUUCUGAUUCUUCAUUAUCUUGGCUUGGAUCAUGUUGGACAUCUUGGUGGACGCAAUAGUGUGCUGAUGGCCCCCAAACUUGGAGAGAUGGAUGAAGUGAUCAAGACCAUCGAUCUAAAUUCUUUACCUACAAAUGAUAAUAAUCAAGGACGGACACUCUUGUUGGUAGUAAGUGACCAUGGAAUGACUGAAAAUGGAAAUCACGGAGGAUCAUCAUAUGAGGAAACUGACUCUUUGGCACUUUUUAUUCGUUCAACAAAUUUUGGAAGUACAUCAGGCACCCCUAAUAAGGCCAACCAGGUGGACCUUGCUUCAACAUUAGCUCUUCUUUUUGGUGUUCCAAUACCGAAGAACAACGUUGGCAUGUUGAUGGCAGAAACUUUCAAAUCAUUAACAGUUGAACAACAACUCAGGUUAUUGGAGUUGAAUUCCUGGCAAUUGCUUAGGCUACUUGAAGCGCAAUUACCUGGUUUAGUAUGUGAAAACUUCUUAUGCGACGUCUUCAGGGAUGAUGGAUCUGGUCGAACAAGAGGUUACAGUAGUGUGGAAGAGACCUUUUGUUGUUUGUAUUUGAAGGCUGCAGAUCUUCACAGAUUGUGGAAAUCUGGGGAAGAGAAAAGAUCUGCUAAUGAGGACAAUUGUCACAGUAUUCUUGUGGCAUAUCAUAAUUUCUUAAGAACUGCAAGUGAGUGGCUAUCUCAUAGGGCAACUGACAAACCUGUUGGCCGACUUAUAAUUGGAGUAGCAGCUAUACUCGUUUCAUGUUUGAUAUUGCUAAGCCUUCUGUUUCUUCUAGGGAAGCAAGUCUUCUCUGAGCAGAAUCAGCAGCUUUUUAACGCCAAGAAUGACCUGCGAUGGUGGCAUUUGGAUGAGAUUCUUAUUCUG